UUUUUCCCUCGCCCACUUUUCCCUCUUUUUUUGUCCCUCGUCCUCGCGCCUUCUUCGACACAUCGACAUAUCGAUUGACACUGCAGGUCCUCAGAUCGCUGGUAGAUCUGAAGUACAUAUUAUGUCACUAGCUUCGAAACUCUCCGGGUAGAAUGGACCUGCACCAAAAGCCGCGCUGGGAGUGGCCAUCAAGCUCCGCAACCUCAGUCUCAGCUUCGAACCCUGACUCUGAUGUAAGGCAGCGCUCAGAAGAUACCCGUCAGCCUGUUGAUAUGCAUCGAUCUCCGCGCGAGUCUUCCGGAGAGCAUUAUCCUCCUCGUACUUGUCGCAUCUGCCUGGAGACCGUCUACCCUACCUUCCCUCCUCCCUCCGAACAUCUGCCUGGGUUUCUUCAGUCCAAGCAGCGGGUGAUCUACAAAUCUUCAGACCCGGAGUCUGGUCGGUUACUUCGCCCCUGCAAAUGCAAAGGAUCUUCUCGUUAUGUACAUGAGGGAUGUCUUCAGCUUUGGCGCCACGCGGACCCAGGCUAUGGCAAGAGGAACUAUUGGCACUGCCCGACUUGUGGUUUCCACUAUCGCCUCGAGCGCCUCCAGUGGGCGCACUGGAUCAGUAGCCCCUUGACACAGCUCGGACUGACUUUAUUUGUCUUAAUGCUUACUAUAUUUUUGCUUGGUUUCGUUGCUGACCCGAUCAUUAACCUUUACGUGGACCCCAUGGACCCCAUCAUCCGUUCAGACUUAUGGGACACUCGACCGGUGACGAGUACACUACCGGAAGAGAAGCAGACUUCCUGGACCGAGCACUUCGUCAAAGGCUUGGCCUCAUUGGGCUUUCUGUCUUUUAUCAAAGCUAUCUUCGCCCUGUCUUCAUGGCAUGGAUUGACGCUGCGUGGCACUGGUAUGCUUGGUGGGGGUCGCAAUACCGGCCGGAACCGCGUCGCAUGGUUGGUCAUAAUUAUUGGGGUGGGUAGUUUUCUCUGGGCUGUCUAUAAGGCUGUAAGGACCUGGAGCUGCAGGGCUUUAGAGAAAGCUGGGGAACGUGUCAUGGAUGUUCCGUUACCUGACGAUGAGAAUGAGGAUGAUGUGGCCUCUUCCAGCCAGGACGAUUGACUCUGAUCCAGCGUAUGCCAUUCAGUAUUGAAUAUUCGUAUCCCACCUUCUUUUCUGCUCUUUGUUCUCUAUUCGCUGGCGAUACCCACGCACAAUCUUGAGUUGUCACACUCCUGUCAAUGAGGUGCCAAUUAGUCAACGUGCGCAGAACAACUCCGACCCUUGUUAACUUCACAGUUCAUGGCUGUUAAGUAGGAUGGCUGGCGAGGGCGUUUUGUCAUUUCCAAUUUCACCUGCUUUUUUCAUCAGCUAUGUCUGGAGGGAGGGUCGAACUGCAUCUUAUUCGGUCAUUCUGAUUGAACUCAUCACUUAGACGCUACUCGGUGCUGUUUGGCGCCGUUUUGCUGUGAGCGUCGUGAAUCGAGAUGCAGUACAGUCCUGCACGAUUGGUAGAUAUUCCUUGUUGAUAUACCCAAUGAUCUAUUAUCUAUCUAUUGUUUCUAUAAUAGUGUGUACCACGGGUGGUUGAGUCGACCGGAUCUGUUACGCAC